AUGAGCACAACCACUACGACAACGAUCAGCACGAUCAGCAAGACCAGCAGCAUCAGCGCUGCAAGCAGCACCGGGGUGACGGGUGGCGGCAGCACGCUGCGAUGCGUCGCAGCAGGCGGGCCCACACGCAGCGCGGAGGCCGUGGACACCACGGGUCGGCGGUUCCGUGCUCCCGACUUUUCCAUCAACGACGUGCUCAAGGCGAUUCCGAAAGAGUGCUUCCGGUCGAGUCUGGCGAAAUCCGGGGGGUAUGUGCUGCGAGACGUGCUGUGCAUGGUGGUGCUGGCGUGCGUGGCGCACACUGCGAUCCCGCUGGUGGGGUCGGCGGCGCUGCGGGGGGUGUGCUGGGCCGUCUACGUGAACCUGCUGGCGCUGCCCAUGACGGGGCUGUGGAUCCUGGCGCACGAGUGCGGGCACCAGGCGUUCUCGGACUACGGGUGGGUCAACGACGCGGUCGGGUGGGUGCUGCACUCCUACUGCCUCAACCCCUACUUCAGCUGGAAGUUCUCCCACAGAAAGCACCACAAGAACAACGGCCACCUGCGCAAGGACAUGGCGUACGUGCCGCGCACCCUGGACGAGUGGAAGCACAAGCGGGGGGUCGUGUCGCUUGCAGAGCUCGCCGAGGACUCGCCUCUCGUGUCCAUCGCCACGCUGCUCGUCCAGCAGACCGUGGGCUUCCAGGCCUACCUGCUCUUCGACGCCACGGGCCAGCCCCACCCGCAGCUCGCCGCCAGCACCAGCUGGUGGCGCCGCCACUUCGGUGCCUCCCACUUCAACCCACACGCCCUGAUCUUCGACAAGAGUAACUUCUGGUACAUCGUGGCCUCCGACGCAGGCAUCCUGCUCCAGCUCGCCGUCCUGCGCCUCUGGGUCCGCCGCCUCGGCGCCUUCUCCUGCCUCGUCGACUGGUUCCUCCCCUACCUGCUUGUCAACCACUGGGUGGUCUUCAUCACCUACCUGCAGCACACCGACAUGUCUCUGCCCCGCUACACCGACGCCCAGUGGACCUUUCCGCGCGGCGCCGGCGCCACCAUCGACCGGGACUUCGGCUUUGUUGGCUGGUUCUUCUUCCACGACCUCAUCGAGACCCACGUCCUCCACCACUACUGCGGCAGAAUCCCCUUCUACAACGCCCGCAAGGCCACCGAAGCCAUCAAGCCCGUCCUCGGCUCCCACUACCGCCAGUCGGACACAAACAUGUUCAAGAUGCUCUGGCAGGCCCUGCGCUGGUGCGAGUUCGUCCAGGGCGAUAACGGCGUCAUGAUGUUCCGCAACCAUAACGGCAACGGCGUGCCUCCCGUCGACACCCCCGCCGCCGCCUAG